AUGGAUGCAAUGAUUUCUUUAUUUGUUGUUUCAACAUUCGAAGGAUGGCCAGACCUUUUAUAUGUUGCAAUAAAUUCUAAUGAGGAAGAUCGGGGUCCUGUUUAUAAUGCUCGACAGCCCGUGGCUAUAUUCUUUAUUGCCUUCAUUGUAGUCAUAGCCUUCUUUAUGAUGAAUAUCUUCGUCGGUUUUGUUAUUGUAACUUUCCAAAAUGAAGGAGAAAGGGAAUACGAAAAUUGUGAAUUGGACAAAAAUCAAAGAAAAUGUAUAGAAUUUGCACUCAAAGCAAAACCACAUAGACGUUAUAUACCUCGAAAUCGUUUCCAAUAUAGAGUUUGGUGGUUUGUGACAUCACAAUUUUUUGAAUAUGCAAUUUUUAUUAUUAUUAUGCUAAACACAACUACUUUGGCUUUAAAACAUUACCCGCCAGGUGCUUUAAUUUUAUUUUAA